CAUUCUAAAAAUUUAAAGUUUAAAGAACCAUCUUCCCCGCUGUAUAGUAUCUUGAUAUUACGUCUUUCUGGAGCCUCUUUCUUAGAAAAUCACGUUACAUUUGAAAAAGAAACAGUAAUAGUUUAUUCUUGAAAUAAAACACACCAAGCACAGUAUAUACGUAGGAUUAGGUCGUGUCCCGUUUUCUUCAGAAAGCUGUCUCGAACAUGGAGGACAGACUUUUCUAUUCCCGGCCACUCCAGCCAAGACCCUCAGGACGACGCUGUAGCAGAAGUGACCCGCCGUUGCAAGUCUAAGUGCAGGUCACUACACCGGAAGAGGAAGCAAAGGAUGCAAGUGCAAUGUGCGGAGACAUAAGAUAUUACAGAAGGAUUAUUAGGUACACGUUAUUAAUCCGUUCAAUUUAACUGUGAAAACGCCUCUUGCAGAUUCGUAAAACGGGAGUCCGUAGGAUACAGAUGGCUUUCCUUGUGCUGAGGAAAGGAGCCAGCGUGUGUCGGCAGAUCGUGGACCUCCUGAAGGUGUGGCGUCCUCUGGUGCGAAAGGUAGACAGCAGGUUUGGUGCCAGUGGAGUCGCCGUCUUCAACUUCAUCUUGGACUUGCUCGUACUAAACAUCCUCCUGAGCAUCCUCACGCUCUCCUGCGUCGUCUUGCCUACUGUCCUCCUGCAGGAGAGCGAAGGAAUUGGGUCUAAGGAGUGGCUUUACGGUUGGCAAGACAGAAGGGGCAAAGGCACAAAUUCGACAGUGGUUGGUGCUGAUGCUGACGGCGAGACGGGAGAUGUCUGCGUUGAUGUGAUGCUGAGGAGCGAUGACCCUAUAGUCACGAACUGCAGUCUGGCGUACCGGGACGCCACAGGAGAGGACUGGUGCCACAUCGCCGUCGGCAACCACACAGCGACGAGUUGUGACGGCUUCACAUGGUGGUUAGCGGUUGUGAUCCAGGGUCAGGGCUUCCUGGAGAUCUCCCCGUUGUUCCUGGGUUAUUACCCCGCCCGCCUCACGAGGUUUGGCUACCCCGUGGCGACCAUGCAGGUGCUGGCGGUGCUGGCGGUGUUCUUGGUGUCCCUGAUAACUGUCAUGCGGCGGGUCGGAGGAUGGCUGAGGUACAAGGCCGACGUCUGGGGCGGCCUCACUUUCUCGAGGACGGUGUUCAGCGGAUGGAACUUCUCCCUGAGGAGCAGCCGCGCCGUCGCCUCCAUGCAGCAUAUCAUGAAGACCGAGCUCCUCGCUGCCCUCGAAGAAGCCAGGUUCCAGGAGGUGAAAGCGAGACGAACGCGCGGUCGGUUAGCGUUGCUUUACUUCGGUCGCUUCUUCGUGAACUGCGUCAUAUUCGCACUGAUAAUAGUGAACUGGGCCUUCCUCUACGGGGUCAUCGUGAGGCGGGCCGCGUGGGCUGACUGGGUCGAGACGCUGGACGGGUCUUGGGGCUACAUCUCGCUGCGCUUCAUCGUGGACUUCGCAGACACGCUGGUGGUGUGGGUCCAGAGCCUGAUCCUCCCGCCCAUCUUGCUGAAGCUUGGCGCCCUCGAGCAGUGCAGUAGCCGCACGUCGCUCUUGCUUUACAUCCUCCGCUCCUCCGCCAUUCGCCUCGCCUCCCUCGCGGUCCUGGUGUUCACGCACCUCAGCCUCGCCUACAGCAGAGCAGAUGGCUGCCGCCCAGACACGCCGUGCUGGGAGACGCACCUGGCGCAGAACCUUUACGCACAGGUCGUCUGGUCCUUUGUGGUGAAGUGCUUCUCUGCGCUGCUAUGCCUCGCCUACACGAUCGCCGUCAGACUAUGCUGCUUCUGCUGCGCGGCUUCCCUCCUCCCGGAGUUCGACGUCCCGAACAAAGUGCUGGACAUCCUCUCCCUGCAAACCCUCUGCUGGCUCGGGGUCCCGGUGUCCCCCCUCAUGCCCGUCCUGGUCCUCCUCUACCUCAUCGUCUCCUUCGGGAUGGAGCUCGUCGACGCCCUCGUCAUCUCGCGCCCUUCCGCGCACAUAUUCCAGGCCUCCAGAUCCUCGAGCAUGUUCAUGGUGGCCAUGGCCAUGUCCUGGACGGCCUCGGCAACCAUGGCGCUGACGGUCCUCGUGCUCAUCCCGGCGUCUCCGGGCUGUGGGCCUUUUAGGGGCCUGAGGGUCGCGUGGUCAGCCCUCACGAACACCAUCUGCGACCUCAGUGGCCCGCUUCGAGAUGUGUUUUUCGCUCUGGACGACCUGUGGGUGUCGCUAGUGUUGGCGGGACUGCUGACCUGCUUCGCGACCUACUACAUCCUCGUCCUCAGUCUCCGUGAAAACGUCAUCAGGCGACUUGAAGACAGGCUGAAAGAGGUGGCAAUGGACAAGGCCUUCUUCAGGAGGAAACAAGAGACUUCGGUGGGAAAUGGUUUCCGGGAAGAAAGAGGGUUCAAUUCUGGGGUCCAUUUGAAGAGGAAUAACACCCUCCGAAAUGCACAGUGGUAUCUGGAUCCAUUUUAGGCAAUAUCUGCAUCCAUUUUAGGCAAUAUCUGCAUCCAUUUUAGGCAAUAUCUGGAUCCAUUUUAGGCUAUAUCUGGAUCCAUUUUAGGCUAUAUCUGGAUCCAUUUUAGGCUAUAUCUGGAUCCAUUUUAGGCAAUAUCUGGAUCCAUUUUAGGCAAUAUCUGGAUCCAGUUUAGGCUAUAUCUUGAUCCAUUUUAGGCUAUAUCUUGAUCCAUUUUAGGCUAUAUCUGGAUCCAUUUUAGGCUAUAUCUGGAUCCAUUUUAGGCUAUAUCUUGAUCCAUUUUAGAAGUCUCGUAAAACGUAUAUUUAAUAUUAUUAGUUAGUAAUGAUAUUUUGCUAUCAAAAAUGUCCAUUACAGAAAGAAAAAAAAACUAUAGU